AUGCAGUGGGCCGUGCUAGCACGCGGAUACUUCGGAGAGAUCUCCAGCGUCGACGAUGUCGUCGCGCUGCCCCUUCCGAAGCAAGCCGCGCUGGCAGCCGCGCUCGCAGGCCUCGUGUGGCUGACGUUCGUCCUGGCCAACGUCAUCACUAACGUCGCGGCCUGGACGCGCCGCUGGUGGGUCCUCAGGAAGAUCCCCGCGCCGGCGGGCGGCAACUUCCUCCUCGGCAACGUGCUGCAGAUGCUCAGCGGCGUGCCGUGGGACCUCACGGCGCUGUGGGCGAAGCAGGCCGGCGGCCUCGCGCGCUUCCGCGUCCUGGACAAGCAGUGCGUCACCACCGACUCCCCCGAGGCUCUCAAGCGGAUGUUCCAGUCGCGGUUCGAGAACUACGGCAAGGACCUGGGCUGGACCUACAACGAGUUCAUCCAGAUCCUCGGCACCGGCCUCGUGACCGCCGGCGGGCAGCUGUGGCGCGACCAGCGGCGGCGCAUGAGUCCGGUGUUCAAGGAAGACAUUCUGCAGCGCAUCGUGGACAUCGCGUUCGACAGCACGGAGCGCCUCGCGAAGAAGCUCGACCCGAUCGCCAAGGAGGGCGGCACGCUCGACAUCGAACAGGAGUUCCGCCUCCUCACGCUGCAGGUGAUCGGGAAGGCCGCGAUGAACCUCCCGCCCGAGGAGUGCGACCGCGUGUUUCCGGAGUUGUACCUCCCGGUGAUGGAGGAGAACAAUCGGCGCGUGCUGCGGCCGUGGCGGUCCUGGAACCCCUUCCUCCCGGACUUCUGGCUGCACCGCUCGCGCAUGGCCGAGCUGAACCGGUACCUCAUCGCGCACAUCAAGCGCCGGUGGGCCGCGCUGCAGAAGAACCCCACGCCGCCCGACGAGGAGUGGGACAUCCUGACGCACCUCCUCGCCACGAUGAUGAAGAAGGGCGAGCGCCUCGACAGCGCCGCGAUCACGCAGACGUGCUACGAGCUGAAGACGUUUUUGUUGGCGGGGCACGAGACGUCGGCGGCGAUGCUGACGUGGUCGACGUACGAGCUCGCCGCGGCCCCGGAGCUCCGCGAGCGCGUCGCGGCGGAGGCGCGCGAGCACAUCCCCGGCGCGCUGCUGUCCGGUGCGGCCCCCGCGAGCCCGAACAAGAACGACGUCGACAACAUGGCGUACGGGCUCGGCGUGCUCAAGGAGUCGCUGCGGAAGUACUCGGUGGUGCCCGUGGUGACGCGGCUGGUGCUGGAGGACGACGAGGUGCUCGGGCACGUCAUCCCGAAGGGGACAUACGUCAUGUGCGUGGUCCAGGGCGUGCACCACCACCACUGGCCCGAACCGCAGAGGUUCAAGCCGGAACGCUUCCUCCCGGGCGGCGAGUACGAUCAGUUCGAUGAGAAGAUCCGGGACUUUAUGUUCGUGCCGUUCAUCGCGGGGCCGCGCAACUGUUUGGGGCAGUACCUCGCGCUGCUGGAGGCGCGCGUGGUGAUGGGGAUGCUGGCGGAUCGGUACGUGUUCAGCACGACGCGCAAGGACGCCGGGGAGCGCCACCCCGUCACCAUCCCCGUCGGGCCGAAGCACGGAAUGGAGGUGAAGGUGGAGUUUGCCAACAAGGGGCGGUGA